UGAUGGAUAUAACAGUAAUCAGUUUUAGAGGGUUCUCGAAUUUGGCGGGAAAAUAAAACAAUUAAUUAAUUAUUUAAUAUUUCCGCCAUUUUCAUCUGUAUUUGCUCUGUAGAGAACUAAUUUUAGGGCUUGAUUUUUCUUUUCUUCAUCGGACAGAUAAGUGGGAGAUGGAGAAUUCUAUCGGGAGAGGCGGAAUCGAAGAGAACAUCUUGGCUAUUCUCGACGCCUCUGAGACUAAAGAGAAUCGGGACGCCAACGAUGAUAGGAUUGCUUUUCUGGAAGCUGUUCGCGCUGCAUCUAUUGUUCCAGAAAGUGGAAUACCCCCAACUAACAAAAUGUGUGCAGCGGUGUUCCGGAUCUUAAGGGUUGGCAAAUCUUUAGAACUGAUUAUGCCAAGUUUCCAGCUUUUGAAUGAAUUAGAUAAGCGUUACCCUCGGCUGUAUUUAUCAGGCUCAGAUAGAUCCAAAUCAUCCUCUAGUGCCCCACUUGAACUUGUCCUGGUUAAAGAGGCUUGGUCGCCAUUUGUUGCUGACUUAGGUACUAGUAGUAGUGAGAAGGAAGUGGCUGACAAAAACUUGGGUGGACCAUUUGACUCUUCUGGUUUUCAUCUUCUGAUACAAGACCUUGCUGAAGUGGCUCGUGAUGCAAAUUUUAAAACAUUAGACACCAAGACCUUGGGGAGCAUGUUGGUGUUCCAGUAUCUUUUGAAUGUUUUAGAAGGAGAUAUGCUACCUCGUAAAAGUGGAGAAACUAUGAACUGGACCCUUCUGAGGGAAUCUUUGCUCAACAUGGUUCUGAUUUCUUUGCAGGGGUCAAGAAAAUUAAACUGCAAAGUCUUAGUGAGGGAUUGCUUGACUGUUAUGUGUGGGCUGUAUCAAAUCCAAUCUACAUUCAGUAAUGAUCCAACGUAUCUAGAGACUUCUGUGGCAAAGCCAUCUGAUAAUUGUGAUCCUGCUGUGGCAGUUGCUUUGCCGGAAAUAGGAAAUAAUACUUGCAUUGCAGUGCAGAAACUUCUGACGCUGAUUAUGGAGCUUGAUAUGUCGAAGAAGGAAGCCGAUAUGCAAGGUUAUACUACCAGAGCUGAUGGUGUGAGAACCCCGCUGAUAGAGGUAAUUCUAGAUGAACUAACUUACAAUGAUGAGAUUCUUUCCCCAUUUUUCCAGGUCUUCAAUGACCCUAAAUGGAAGCUGGAAAUAAUCUUGCAGUAUAUCUGGAAAUACACACCUAAGCCUCCUGUUCGCACUCGGAGAUCAAAUGGUUCUACCGAUGAUGCAACAUUAAGUGGAGCCUUGAAGUGCUUUUCAAGUACUACAAGUACAAAAAGCAUCAUAAAAAAGAUUGGCAUUGAAGUAAUUCAGUUGCUCUUGGCACAUGCUUUUAAGGCUCAUUUGUUUCUCUCGUCCAGAAAACGACCUGCUCUAGGUGACCCAGAUUCCAAGGAAGAUGUGAGAGACAACCCUCUUGUGGAGAUAUGCGAGAAUAUGAUCUCUGCUUUCAAUAGUUUGAGACGAGUAGACGAGAACAUGGAGGUUUUGUCAUUUGGAAAAGAAGCACUGUUUACAGCGGCAACAAUCCUCUCCACAAAGUCAUAGGAGCAUGGAACAUUUGACUCCUGAAGGAUGCCGUGCUGCGGACAACCUGAAUUAUCAGCAAGCAUAUUUUCAUGGGGCUUGCCGCCUUCAUUAUAUUGCCCAUUUUGUAACAACACAGUUCAAGAAGUUCUCUCAUUCUUUUUACUGCUUUCUUCCCCCUGUACAUAUUUUUGGUCCGCCAUGCUUACGUGCUAACUGUUAUAAUGCACCAA